AUGUCGAAAACAACGGUCUCAGACUCAGUCAGAACCGUCAACGAUGCUGCUCAGCCACCUAAGCUCAGCCAACGAUAUGCUGAUGAGAGCUAUAAGCUCUUUUCAAAAGUUUCUGUGACAGAUCCAACCGCAGAAGAGGCAUUAAAGAUUAGGAACAAGUGUUUAUGGCGGAUAUUGCCCUUUCUUUGCUUAGGGUAUCAUAUCAUGUAUGUCGACAAGCAGACGCUGGGAAACUCAGCCAUUCUCGGCAUUAUGGAUGAUGCACAUCUCAAUUCGACUCAGUACAAUUGGCUGUCAUCAAUAUUCUACUUUGGUUACCUUCUCGCGGAGUGGCCGCAGAACUGGGCCCUACAACGCUUCCCUGUCGCCAAAUGGCUGGCAGGAAAUCUUGUCGUGUGGGGAGGUAUUACGCUCCUUCAUAUACCAUGCAAUAGCUUCGCCACCUUGUUCGUUGUUCGUUUCUUUCUAGGGGUAGCAGAGGCAUGUAUUGUACCUGCCUUUCUGUUGAUCUUGUCUAUGUUCUUCACAUAUCAGGAACAGGCCGUUCUAAUGCCCAUCAUGUGGUCGAUUGGAAACGCCAGUCCUAUUACCUCUGGUCUACUCUCCUAUGGAGUUUUAUGGAUCAAGACCGGCACCUUUGCCCCAUGGAAAUGGUUUAUGGUUAUCACUGGCGGAGUUACCGUUGUGUUUGGAUUGGCCGUGUGGCUCUUCUUUCCUGACAAUCCUCUGCGUGCCAGCUUCCUUACGCCAGAAGAGCGCGCGCAGGCAAUCCUUCGGAUAAAGGAUAAUCAUUCGGGAAUCGAGCAGAAGCAUUUCAAGAAGUACCAAUUUAUCGAAGCAGUUAAAGAUCCAAAGUCGUGGCUGUUCUUCCUACAUGCCUGGUCUCAGGAAAUGGCCAACGGAAUGACCAACCAAUACUCACUAAUCAUUAACUCAUUCGGUUUCACUGUGCUUCAGACUACUCUACUGGGAUGUGUAACUGGGAUAGUCAGUUUCUUCUCGCUUGCCUCAGCGGCAGUGGUUCUAGCGAAGACAACAAACUGCAGGGCUUGGAUUUCCCUCGUCGCAUACAUUCCUGGAGCGAUAUCUAGCAUCCUGUUGCUAAGUUUACCCUGGUCUAAUCGAUGGGGCCUAAUCACAGGGAUAUGGAUCCGCUCAACUGUCGGCAUUCCGUAUGCAGUUGUCAUGAUAUGGGCUGCUAAUGCAUCUGCUGGACAUACUAAGAAGACCACUGUGAUUGCCAUGUAUCAUAUUGGAUAUGGACUAGGAAAUAUCCUCUCACCACAGCUAUUCCAGCCGCGAUGGAAGCCGCGGUAUUAUCCCACUUGGACUAUUAUAUUAGUUGUCGCCUGCAUCCUACCAUCACUCAUCAUUAUAUAUCUGCGAUGGUAUCUCUCGAAGGAAAACAAGCGCCGUGAUCUGCUGCAGAGUGAAACACUCGUCGAAGACACGGGUGUGGUUGAAGAGGUCGACAGUGAUGGUACCAAACACGCCCGUCUGGUGGACAAGAACCAACUGGACUUGACGGAUCGUGAAAACCUUUCCUUUCGAUAUGUCCUUUAA